AUGUUUAGUGUUACUACCCUUACUCAUAUUACCGAUGAUACUUCGCGACCACUAGUUGCAUUAUCUACCCGAGAAGGUAAUCGAUACUUCUUUGGAAAAGUCCCUGAAGGAACACAAAGAGUGUUGAACUUCAUCAGAUGGAGGUUUCCUAAAUUGGAAGGGAUUUUCAUGACUGGUACCAUAUCUUCAUGGGCUGACAUUGGUGGACUUCCUGGACUUUUUUUGACAAUCAGUGAUGCCACCAAGAAAAGUAUUACUGUUUUCGGGAAUAGUAAAAUUCUUUCAUAUAUUAUAGCGACUUGGAGAUGGUUUGUGUUUAGAAAGGGGAUUGAGCUCCGUAUAACGGAAGCCCAGGAAAAGUCAAUAUACGGAGAUAAGGAAAUUAGUGUAACACCAAUUAAAAUCUCAAAUGACAAACCUCAAGAUAAUACCCCAGAUUCGGCGUUGUUUCCUGCUCUUCGAAAGCUUGCAUCAUUGAUGUUUCCUUUGGACACUAGCAAAGUAAAUAGCAGAGAUCCUGACUCCUAUAUGUCAGAUCCAUCGGAAACUGAUCUCCACACUCAUGUUCAAUUGCCACCAUCAACUACAUUCUUCCCAGUUCAACAAUACUCAUAUUCAUAUUCCAUCAGAUUGUUACCAUUACGAGGUAAGUUUGAUCCUAAAAAGGCUAUUGCGUUAGGUCUUAAACCGGGUCCAUUAUUCAGAGAAUUGAGUGAUGGUCGUAGUGUUACUAAUGAAGCUGGUGAAUUAAUUACACCUGACCAAGUUGUUUCUCCUUCAAGGCCAUUAAAAAAGGUUUUGAUUAUAGAUAUUCCCGAUCAGUCAUACUAUGCAAACACUGUAAAUAGCAACGAAUGGUUUGUUCAAGAUGAAGACCGUGGUUUUGAAGAAAUUGGAAUCGUAUAUCAUUUCUUAGCAGCAGACAUCGAGUUUGAUUUGGAAAAGUAUAAACUGGAUUUCUUGAGCAAAUUCCCCCAAGAAACCCAGCAUGUUAUCAGUCAUCCUUCUAUUUCAAAUAAUACCCUUGUGAAUAAACGAAUUGGAUCAGCUACUUUAACUUUGAAGUCACUCAUGAAUGAAAACUUCAAUCUCCCACACCAAGACGAAUAUGUUAGUGUGCUUACUCAAGAUAAUAUUGUUAGGCUUCAUGGAUGUCAAUCUUAUAAUAUAUUACCAUCUGGAGUUGAAGUGGACAAUUCUGCAAUUGAAAAUCUUUCCAAUCAACAACUUUUUGAAGCUGAAGUUGCUCCAUUAAAUUUAGGAAAAUCAUAUGAUGAGUUGGCCAAUGUCAACUUUGAUAUCACCAAAGAGGGAGAUUUGUCACUUAAAGAUCGUGUUCAUAUAUGUACAUUAGGAACUGGUUCUGCCAUUCCUUCCAUUCAAAGAAAUGUCAUUUCCACAUUGGUCAGAAUUCCUUGGCAAAAUACUGAUGGAUCAAUUACUUACAGGGGCAUCUUACUAGAUGGAGGAGAAAACACAAUUGGAAGUCUUUGGAGAACAUUUGGUCAUUCCAACAAAGCCCAUGCAAUCCAAAUAUUACGAGAAUUGUCAGUUAUUCACUUGAGUCAUUUACAUGCUGAUCAUCAUUUAGGAAUAGUUUCCAUGAUCAAUGAAUGGUUCAAACAUAAUGAUGCCGACAAGAAAUUGUUCUUGGUGGUUCCUUCAAACUAUAUCACCUUUCUUCAAGAUUGGUACAGUUUAGAAGCAAACUAUCAUGAACAUUUCGAUAUCAACAGACUUGAAUGUUUUAGUUGCGAAGAUUUCUUGGCUGAGCGUAGAAUACCUGAAUCAUCUAAAGUCAGUUUGGCAAACUUUGAAAUCCAAUUUGAUCAAGGGAAUAUUCAUCAGAAAAUACCAGAAGAACCAUUGUCUCCUAUAAACUUUCACAGGAUCAAUGAGUUGUACGACGCGGUUGGGUUACAUUCAAUUGAGACUGUCCGUGCUAUUCACUGUUAUCAUUCAUAUUCUUCGAUCUUCAGAUUUAAACUUGAUGCUAAUCAAACAUUCCAAUUAUCAUAUUCGGGAGACACUAGACCUAAUCCAAAGUUUGCUGAAGUUGGUUAUGAUAGUGACUUAUUAGUCCAUGAAGCAUCAUUGGAGAAUUUCUUAAUUGAAGAAGCAUUAGCUAAGAAACAUUCUACUAUGAUUGAAGCAGUCUGUACUUCUAAGGUCAUGAAAUGUCCAAAACUUAUCCUUACCCAUUUCAGUAGUAGAUACGGUAAUUCCAACAAUUGUGUACCUAAACAUGAAUUGGAACCACUUGCCAAAAGUCUCGAUGAAUAUUUGAUUACCCAUAGAGCAUACCCAAAUAUAUUUUCCUAUGACUCGAGGUCAUAUAUAGAUUAUAAGGACUUGGAUUUGUGUUUUGCUUUUGAUUGGAUGAAUGUAAGGUAUGGUGAACUUCAUUUGCAGGAGCAGCAUUGGGAUAAAAUAAAGGAACUAUUCCAACUGAGUAUGUUGAGAGAUCCUGAUGACGAGAAAUUGGAAGAAAAGAGGGCCGCUAAGCGCCUCGAGAGAUUGGCAGCAAAGAAGGCUAGUAAAAAACAACGAGUAAAUGGAGAAACUGUAUAG